AUGCUGGUCGCUGCUUCGGCUGCUUCUGCCUCUGCUUCUGCUGCUGCUGCUGCUGCUGCUGCGACUGCGCGGCUCUCGUCCCCAGCAACAGUGCGCGGCUUCCACUGUGCGGCUGCCAUCACGGCGGCCGUCGGGGCACGGGCGAUCCGAGCCGGCGGCUCCACCUGGACUGACUGGCAGCAUGGCCAGUUCCGCGCCUCUUCGCUCGCAGCCCCUGUGCCGGCACGCGCGUCGUCGGCAUCGGCAUCGGCAUCAACAUCGUCACCAUCGUCACUGUCAGCAUCAUCAGCAUCAUCCGCUGCAAGCAGCAGAGCGACGCUGCUGGUCGAGUCUGCUUGUGGCCGGCUCAAUCCAUCCGUCUCUUCUUUGGCCUCCACCCUCUGCUUCUCUUCCUCUUCCUUGGCCUUCGCUCCUGCACUUCCGCAAUCCCUGCCCUCGGCGGCCUAUAGUCACACUGCCACACGCGCGCCGCGUCGAUCCAUCACGCUGUCUGCGUCGUCCGCUACGCAGGAUUCUCCGGCGCCUGCCUCGUCUUCAGCUCCUGCUGCUUCCCCAUCCUCUGCCCAAUCGUCGUCCGCUGCUUCCGCUACGCGUGUUCCCACUCCAGCUGCGGAGGUCCCGUCGCAUGACGCGGCAGAACCCGAGCUGGGCGUCCCCAUCGACGAUCCGGCGCUGCCAGAAGUGCUCCAGCGCAGCAAAGUCCUGGACAAGCUCGGACGGAACGAGCUCGCACUCACGACAGAAGAGUUUGUGAUGAGCGCAGAGUACAUGCUCAGCCUGCCCAUCCCGUGGUUCAAGCGGGUUGGGCGAUUAAUCUUCCACGCGUCCGUGAGCUCGCACAUCCCGCUCGACAUUCGCAUCGAGACCACGUCCCGCCUCAUGGACACGUUGAUUGCCCACAACGGCUUGCAUCUGACGGUCGCCAACCACCUUCUCUCACUGCUGAACCUGAAGGACAGCACGCAAGCAGUCGCAUCGGCAGAGAAGCUGCUCGAGCAAAUGGAGCGCGCGAACGUUAGCCCAGACCAGAGAACGCUGCGCUCCAUUGCCCCACUUUUAACCCGAGCGGCGCGCUAUGAAUGUCUCAUUCGGGCCUUCCACAACUCACGCUACAGCGGCGCAGACAAGCUCUUCCCCGUCACUGCGCGAGGCAUCGCUCAGGCAUGCGAAAACCGACACGACUUGCCGACGUUUUUCAAACUCUUGGACUGGCAGGCGAUGACCGAAGAGAACGAAGUGCACCCCCAAAUCAAGGCCUUGCUUGUGCAAACGUUCCGUGGCCUGAAUCACGAUGCGCCGCUGCUGGCGGCAGACCAAGAGUUUGCCAAACGCAACUUGACUGUGCAACGAGGCGUCGAAGAGCGCGCAAACAGCGUGACCAACGAUAUGGCUAUGAACUCCAUCUUCAACAAGAGCAACCCGCUCAUCCGUACAGCACUCACGACGCAGCAACAAUUCACGAUGAACCAUUUGAAUCUCGUACGGACCCGGGUUGGACAGUUGCUCGCGACUUGCCACGAGCUGAAUACGCGCACGCGUGUUGAAAUUACCCCGACCGAUCUCAAGGCGCUCGUUGACGCCCUGUACGAGGGGACUGUGCCAAUGUACAACACGUCAGUCAUCAACGCGGUCAUUUCGCUCUUCAUCAAGCUCGAGUAUCCCUUCGACACCAUCCUCCAGCUUGCCCGCAAGCUGCUGGACGACCUGCUCAAGAGCAUUGAAACCCAAGGGCUCGACAAGGACCUCGUCUUCCGAACCAACAUUUUGGAAAUGACUAUUCUUCGCGCGCUGGUCAUUGCGGACGAGCUUGCUUCCACGUACCAGCUGCUCUUGCACGCUUCAACGACUGUCAACAAAGCUUCGGGACUCGACAGUUUGCAAAUCGGACUCAGCCUUCUGAUGGAGAUGGUGCUGAACGACCCUGACGCCGCUGCGCAUCUUAGUGCGACAAACACGAACGUGCCACGACCACCCAAGCUCCUAUCUCAAGAUAUCCGUACCAAGAUCAAUGCAUCCCAUCUCUCGGGUCUGCUCGGGUACCGCAGCUUUAGCGCAGCUCAACUGGCGAGCUGCCUUGGCGACCUUUACACGCGCUAUUUGUCCCGAGUUCCGACCAACCGUCGCACUUAUUCCCCGACUGCCAACAACCAGUUCUCGAGUUUUGAAGUGAUGACAGCUGUCAUGAACGGCUGCGGCAUCCACCCUGACGUCAAAUUCUUUAUGCUGGCGACAGACUCGGCGGUGGCUCAUCAAAACAUGCUGCUCGCCAAAGAGCUAGCCUUUGAAGCCGUCAAUCGUGUGAACUUUGCCAUCGAAUUGCAAGAGCGCCAGCGCUUGCAGCAGCAGCAGCAGCAGCAACAAGAACAGGCCCAACCACCCCAACAGCAAGCACACCAACCGUCCGACUCUGUAGCUCCUCCAGAAGCACCAGCAUCCGGGACGAGUACCUCGGCUGCAGCAGGUCCAGCAGGUCCAGCAGUCGCGGUCACUACCGACACAUCAGCCCCGCCAGCAAGCGCUUCUGCCUCAGACAGCUCUUCAUCUCACCACUUGAAAUCCACUGCCGAAAACCUAAAUGCGGUCGCUGCGGGCGCACCAUGGGUGCCGCGCUACAUUCCCAGCGCCACUCGCGACCCGGCGCUUAACUUUGCGCCUCCGCUCUCACUUGCCUUUGCGAAUACUGUGUUGCAAGGCCUGGCUUCUGGAUCAAACACUCAGGCGGCGCUGCAGUGGCUUCAUCGGAUGCAACAGGGCCAGCUUGGCCAGAACGCGCUGCCUGACAUCAUCUCGUUUACUCUCGUUAGCAAAGACAUGGUUGGCAUUGCGCCCUUUCCAAAGGUGUUUGCCGCGAUCGAAGCCAGCAUUCGGCUUCUCGCCAAGGAGCAUCCUGGCUCGGAAGUCAAAGUGGACACAAAGUUCAUCGAGGUCACGCUUGACCAGCUGCACAAGCGCGUUGUGGAGCGCGUCGUCGCCUUGUCCGUGCGCGACUUUCUCAAUCAAUUCCCGGCACUUGUCAAGUUUGCUGAAGCGCACCAAGUCCGUUUGACGUUUGCGGCCGUCUACCGUGCCACGUCUAUCGCCACGGACUGCUGGCACAACCGAAAUGAAUCGCGCGGGGGCAUGACUCUUCAAGAAGUCUGCUACGAGAUGGCCAGAAUGCUGCCCAAGCCCAUGCAGGUUGAACACGGCAAUGCAAUCCUCCAAUCCAUUGGCAGACUGGUGGGUCCGGACUUCUUCGAGGUGGCUCGAGUGCUGCAAGACAAGUUUGGCCAUGUCCCCAAUUCCAAGACCAUGUGUCUCCUCCUUCGCUCUGGCUUUACCAAACUCGGUGCACCAUUCCUUGCUCGUGCGCCCGACGUGAUGCAGCAAAUGGACAGGCUUGUUUCUCAGGAGCUUGAUGCGGUUGUGCGUGCCAACGGGAUUGACGCGCUGCCCUAUCUGGACGCGCCGUUGCUGGUUCGCGCACGAUGGACGCACAGUCUGGGUCGUGUUGCCAACACGGAAAUUGCGUCCACGCUUCGUUGGUUUCAAGAUGCCAUUCAGGGCACUCCGGGCGUCCGUGACACGGCGGAGGCGAAACGUGUUGUCGCUCUGCUCAAUGAACAUCUCUCGCAUGAGCACGAGGGAACGGGCGGUCUACCAACCAUCAGCGCCAAUCGGUCCCUAACCAUGAAGCCAUUCGAGGACACUCACCGAUCAACCCGCUCCACCUCUCGUGGCAACGCCCAGGGCUCCCAUUCACAUGUCCACGCGCGCUCUUCCACUCGCACUUGAGCUGCUGGCUAGAGUGCAGGAAUUGAACAAAUCAUACAAGUCGAUGUUUCCUCGUUUGCCAUCUUCGCGUGGCAGUACGUCUUUUGCCUCUUCUUUUUUUCUUUUUUUCCCCUCCCCUCCUCCCCCAAUGGUUUAUCAUUGUGUCAUCGCCCAGCUUUGCCAAUCACAUACUUUGGUAUCCUCUCUUGCUUGUGUGUUUGCAUGAAUGGAUCGAAUUGGCACACACACAAAACCUGGGUGCUGUGUGAAGCAUUGUGAUAGUACUGUACUUUGUGAACAAUGAAAAAUGUAACAAUGCAAACAACGUCUAUGAAGC